GGUGUGCUUCUGCCCCUACAAGGUUUGGGCCGCGGUGGGGGAGGGUCCCGGCCCCCGGCUCCGCCCGGUCCCUCCCCGCCUUUUAGGCGCCCGCCCGGCUGGGACAUCCCAGUCCCGCUUGGUCCUCCUCGCCGGCCACCCGUGCGCCCAGUUCGUCCAGUCCGCACUGUCUGCCCGUCGGCCCGCCCCCCACCGCAGCCAUGGACGCGAUCAAGAAGAAGAUGCAGAUGCUAAAGCUGGACAAGGAGAAUGCCAUCGACCGCGCCGAGCAGGCCGAGGCCGACAAGAAGCAGGCUGAGGACCGCUGCAAGCAGCUGGAGGAGGAGCAGCAGGCCCUCCAGAAGAAGCUGAAGGGGACAGAGGAUGAGGUGGAAAAGUAUUCUGAGUCUGUGAAGGACGCCCAGGAGAAACUGGAGCAGGCUGAGAAGAAGGCCACCGAUGCUGAGGCAGAUGUGGCCUCCCUGAACCGCCGCAUUCAGCUGGUAGAGGAGGAGCUGGACCGGGCACAGGAGCGCCUGGCUACAGCCCUGCAAAAGCUGGAGGAGGCUGAGAAGGCAGCUGAUGAGAGUGAGAGAGGAAUGAAGGUCAUUGAAAACCGAGCCAUGAAGGAUGAGGAAAAGAUGGAACUGCAGGAGAUGCAGCUGAAGGAGGCCAAGCACAUCGCCGAGGAUUCAGACCGCAAAUAUGAGGAGGUGGCCAGGAAGCUGGUGAUCCUGGAAGGAGAGCUGGAGCGCUCAGAAGAAAGAGCCGAGGUGGCUGAGAGCCGAGCCAGGCAGCUGGAGGAGGAGCUCCGAACCAUGGACCAGGCCCUCAAGUCCCUGAUGGCCUCAGAGGAGGAGUAUUCCACCAAAGAAGAUAAAUAUGAAGAGGAGAUCAAACUGCUGGAGGAGAAGCUAAAAGAGGCUGAGACCCGAGCAGAGUUUGCCGAGAGGUCUGUGGCAAAGUUGGAGAAGACCAUUGAUGACCUGGAAGACGAAGUCUAUGCACAGAAGAUGAAGUACAAGGCCAUCAGUGAGGAGCUGGACAACGCACUCAACGACAUCACCUCCCUCUGAGCCCCACGCCAGUGUGGCCCCCUCAGCCCCUCUUCUCCUCUCCUUUCCACUCUCUUUGUGGGGAGGGGGCAGUCAGGAGGAACAAAGUUGUCAGCAUCGCACAGCCAGGCUGGGCGCAGCCUCGGAGAAGCCCCACCACACCUGCCGCCCACCCUGGCACUUGCUUCACCCUUCUAUCCAACCACUCACUCCACCCUCCAGCCUCUACCUCUUUCUGCUGCUUAAUAAACUCAACUUGGUCUCCA